UCAGCACAGACCACGCCUACUUGGCGCGCUCCCUUUUGCUUCUUCGUGAACUUUCCACGCGGAAUUCUUCCCCCCACGAUGUAGUAAACACUCCCACCCUCCCCGUGGACCUGCAAGGGACACUUCUGACACUUUUUGUCCUCUUCUGUCAACUAGCCGGAACAAUGUUUAUCACCAAAGCAGAAGGAAUCAUGGAGGGGCUGCCUUACAUCUCCUACUUCUUCGACGAAGAGUUCUUCCAAAAAUUGUUGAAGGACCUCCAGUCCAUUGGGACGCCCCCCCAGUCCCCCGCCAAGAAGACGGGCGGCGAUGACGACCAGCUGGGCCACAUCUUGGACGACCACGACGUGCAGCUCAACUGGAACUGCAGCGUCUACCGCGCCGACGGGGCGUCCGCCGGCAAGCCGCCGUCCCUCCUGGUGAGGAGCGGCAAGGACAAGCUGGCGUCCUCCAUGUCGUCGGACAUCGACGUCGAGGGGCUGGACGACCAGAACCUGACGGCGACGCGUGAUUCCAGCGAGACCAUGUCGGACUAUGGCGCCGAGCUGUCCCUAUACUUGUCCAGUGACUCAGACGAAGAGAUUGACGUUGUGACGGUGGGGCAUUGCUCUUCGAUCUCAGCCUGCCAGCAGAAGAAGAAGAAGGAGGAGCAGCAGCAGCGGAGGAAGAAGAAGGAGGAGCGGAUGAAGAAGGAGCAGCAGCAGAGAAAGGAGGAGGAGGAUCGGAGGAGGAAGAAGAAGGAGCAGCAGCGGAGAAAGAAGGAGCAGCAGCAGAAAAAGGAGCGGCAGCAGCGGAGGAAGAAGAAGGAGAGGCGGAGGAAGAAGAAGGAGCAGCAGCAGCAGAGGAAGGAGGAGGAGGAGAAGCGGAGGAAGAAGAGGGAGAAGCGGAGGAAGAAGAAGGAGCAGCAGCAGAGGAAGGAGGAGGAGGAGGAGCGGAGGAAGAAGGAGGAGCAGCAGCAGCAGAGGGAGAAGAAGGAGGAGGAGCGGAGGAAGAAGGAGCAGCAGAGGAAGGAGGAGUGGAAGAAGGAGGAGCAGCAGAGGAAGGAGGAGCAGCAGAGGAAGGAGGAGUGGAAGAGGAAGGAGCAGCAAGAGAAGGAAGAGCAGAGUGCUUUCCAGCUGUUAGUGAUCCAGCAGCAGCACAACUACGCUGCGCGUCUGCCCUCCAUCUCACUCUGCUCGUCCAACAAGGAUGUGUUGUGUUUCCCUCACAGCUCCUCCUCCUCUCGGAGCUCCACGGACUCAGCGGAGGAGGACGAGCGGCGGCGGACACACAACGUGAUGGAGCGCCAGCGGCGCAACGGGGAGAAGAGCAGCUUUGACAGACUGCGCAAGAACUUGUGGGAGCCGUCCUCCAACAACAAGUGGUCCAAGAUUUGGAUCCUGAAGAAGGCCAGAAGCUGCAUCUGCCGCCUGAAGAAGGACGCCGCCAGGCUGCAGACCCAAAGGAGGAAACUUCGAGCCAGACACAAAGCGCUCAAAGCCAGACUGCAGAAGCUCACAGGUGACGGUGCACAGUGGGCGGGGCUUGUGAAACUGGAAACGGCCAAGGGAGCACAGUGGGCGGGGCUUGUGAAACAGGAAAUGGACAACGACUGAGUAUUGAAUGGACAUGGGAGACAUCACACUUCAACAUGUGAGAUACACCUUUGAAUAGAUUGAGGUUGUCGCCAUAGCAACCUAUGAUCCUUCCAUCAGCUUCUUUGCUCCAGUAGAACCUCAAGAUGUAGAGUUCUUCUUGCUGCUCAAAGCUUUCAGGCGGAUCCUUGCCUCCCUGAAUGACACCUUCAGGUUCUGCAGGGAGGAAUGCGUCACGUUGCUUCUUCAACUUGGCAAACGUGAGCCCAGCUGUGAAAUGUCACUUCCUGUUUGAGGGUCAACAGGAAGUGAGUUGCAAUCACCUUAUUUGCAUUGCGACAACAGCAGCAAGUUGUAGCAUUAAAGGGUAUGACUAGGGCUGGGCGAUAUAUCGAUACAAACGAUAUAUCGCAGCUUUGUCUCUGUGCGAUAUAGAAAAUGACUAUAUCGUAAUAUUCGAGUAUAUGUUCUCACGCAGUUGCUUUUAGCUGCGGGCAUUACACUACAGAGACGGAAAACAAGCCCGCCUUCUUACAUACGUCACAUACUCUCGUGCGUCUGGCAUCAUAGCUCUCGCCGACCAGAGAGGUAGCAGCAUGGCUAACGUUAGCUGAGGCAGGUCGAGCGAGCUUGUGACAAUACAAGAGAGAGAUGGUGCGAAACUUAUCACAAAUGGAGGAAGAACAAUAAAUGCCCAAAAUAAAGAGCAGGGGAUCCAUCAUCUGGCAGUGGUUUGGCUUCAAGUGGGAAGAUAUUCAGCAGACAACAGCAAUAUGCAAAGUAUGCAGCAGAAGUGUUACUACAAAAAGGUAGCAACACUAUUAGUUUGUUCUUUCAUUUAAAAAUUCACCCAUAAGAGAAUGAACAGUAUUUAAAGGGGAACAUUAUCAGCAGACCUAUGUAAGCGUCAAUAUAUACCUUGAUGGUGCAGAAAAAAGACCAUCUAUUUUUUUAACCGAUUUCCGAACUCUAAAUGGGUGAAUUUUGGCGAAUUAAACGCCUUUCUGUUUAUCGCGCUGGAGGCGAUGACGUCAGAAUGUGACGUUGCCGAGGUAACACACCCGUCAUUUUCAUUUUCUACACAUUACAAACACCGGGACUCAGCUCUGUUAUUUUCCGUUUUUUUGAUUAUUUUUUGGAACCUUGGAGACAUCAUGCCUCGUCGGUGUGUUGUCGGAGGGUGUAACAACACUAACAGGGAGGGAUUCAAGUUGCACCACUGGCCCCAAGAUGCCAAAGUGUCUGCCGCCAGACACCCAUUGAAUGUGCCAGUGUCUCCACAUUUGACCGGCGAUGCUAAGGCAGACAUGGCACAGAGAUGUAUGGAUAACCUGCAGAUGCAUUUGCAACGAUAGUCAAUGAAAUUACAAAGGUGAGUUUUGUUGAUGUUGACUGCCAGCUAAUCGAUGCUAACAUGCUAUUUACCGGCGGUGCUAAAGCAGACAUGGCACAGAGAUGUAUGGAUAACCUGUAGAUGCAUUUGCAACUAUAUUACGUUUCCUUCCACCCACAUUUAAUGCGAAACAAACACUUACCAAUCGACGGAUUUAAGUUGAUCCAGUGUCACAAGAUGCGAAAGUCCUGAUCGUUUGGUCCGCACAUUUUACCGGCAAUGCUAACGCAGCUAUUCGGCCAUGCUAUGGCUAUGAAUAGCGUCAAUAGCUAUUCGCUCAAUAGCUUCAGUUUCUUCUUCAAUACUUUCAUACUCCAACCAUCUGUUUCAAUACAUGCGUAAUCUGUUGAAUCACUUAAGUCGCUGAAAUCCGAGUUUGAAUCCGAGCUAAUGUCGCUAUAUCUUGCUGUGGUAUUCCCAUUGUUUGUUUACAUUGGCAGCACUGUGUGACGUCACAGGGAAAUGGCCAGUGUCUUCGCAGAGAGCGAAAAUAAGGCACUUUAAAGCUUUAUUUAGGGAUAUUCCCAGACCGUUAAAAUUUUGAAAAAAAAAUAAAAAAAUACAACAGGCCACUGGGAACUGAUUUUUAUUGUUUUUAACCCUUUUGAAAUUGUGAUAAUGUUCCCCUUUAAUAAAAACAGUUUUGGUCAAUUGACUUAGUUGUGAUUUCCCUCUGCAUGAAAGUUUAAAAGUAGCAUAUAUGAAUGCAGUAUGAAGAAGAAUGUUUGAAAGUAGACACAUAGAAUCAUCAUACUGCAGUCAUUAUAUGCAUGAAGUGUCCAUUCAAGGCUAAGGCAAAAUAUCGUAAUAUAUAUCGUACAUCGCAAUAUGGCAUAAAAAUAGAGCGAUAUUAAUAAAAGCCAUAUCGCCCAGCCCUAGGUAUGACACAUUUUUGUUACGGUCGGGUUUAGCAGAGUGCAGGAGUUAGAUGUUCUCCAACUCUCCUCACCUAAUCUUUCUAGCAAGGAGACUAAGGAUGAAGCAAGUUAAUGAUAUUUCCACUAUGAAAGUUUCCUCAUAGGAGCCCAGCAGGCACAAGACAUUCAUACCAGUUGAUUAUACGUACGUACAUGUCCUUUAAAAUGACUUUGGAACAACAUUGCAAAAUAGUUGUAUUGGUAAAUUGAUGUUGGAUCCAAGUUGUUAGUUGGGAAAUGACCAAAUUUCAUUAGUCAAAUCAACGUCAGAACCCAACGUUGAUUAAACGUUGUCAAAAAUUGUAUUUGUGUUGAAUAUUGGUUGGGAAAAGACCAAAUUUCAAUGGUUAAAUCAACAUUAGAACCCAAAAUAGAUUAAACGUCAAAAAGAAUGUUGUAUUUGUGUUGUAGAAUAUUGGUUGGGAAAUGACCAAAAUUCAAUGGUCAAAUCAACGUCAGAACCCAACAUUGAAUAAAGGGCGUGAAAAAGCAUGUUGUUUCAACGUUGUGUUUAAGUUGCUCAGCGUCAGGACCGAGUUCCAGCAGUUCUCAACGUUGCUUUAAUGUCUCGUGCCUGCUGAGAAGUUAGUCAUGUUGUGAAUUUGCCCCGCCCUCUUUGUCCAAUCUCUGGAAACUCAUCCCAAUUGUUUUUGUUGUUAAAAGGUUAAUAAAUUAAAAACUGUCUUAAUGUUUAA